AUGCCUGCUCGAAACCCUACUGGAUUCGAUCUCAAGGAGUUCAAGGCUGCGGCCUCUCCGUCAUCUGUCUAUGCCCGCCGAGAUCCUUGGACACGCAAUGAGACCUGGCGGUACACCGGUCCCUUCUCUCGGUUCAAUCGCUUCAAGGGACUCUUCCCCGGUUUCGGAAUUGCGACCGUCGCUUUUGCCGCCUACUGCACAUAUGAGCACUUCUUCCUGAAGGAUGACCACCACCACGGUGAUGCCCACCACUAA